AUGGACACCUCGCGUCGUCCUGGGUCAACCCCCGACCAUCAACCAUCUACAGACCCCGGGGGAGGCCCCUUUUGCGACUCUCAAUUCCAACCGAUGGAUGUUGCUGGUUUCCUGCCGUCUCAGGUCUCACAAGACCUACCACCGCGACCUACUGCCGAUCCAGGGGGGGAUGCGCCAGCUGUUGAGGUCACUCCGCCUGCUGAGAUGUCGCAAACGGACUCUGACAAGGAGAACGACGAGUCGGGACUGAGUUAUGUAAACCAAUUCUAUAUCCCGUCUCCAAGAUGCGAUGGCCGUCUGCUGAGUCCGGACAGUUCUGGAUCCUCCGAGUGCGACCACCACGAUCUUGGAAGAAGGUUCGGCAUGAUUAGACUCUCAGAUGUUCAGGGCUGCAUGCAUCCGCAAGCUCAUCCUCUCGACACGAAGCUCUCCGCCCACGGACUCACUUACGUGGAGAAAGAUGUUGUGAGCGCCGUUUUUAACUCCGACAUGGUCGAUUGGGACUCCGACUCGGAGGUUGACCUCGUGAAGAGCCACCACUGCUAUACACCUGCACUCUCUCCCCGAGACAUACCUCCCGUGAUAGAGGAACCCCGUCCUCUUGUCUGGGAAGACCUGAACCCAGGCGUCAGAUGGAUCAUGAUCAAGAUCCUCAAUGGCACCAACCGCUUCGCCAAGGUCGUCUCCAUGCUCCUCCGCCUCACUCGCCCACAAGUCCACGAGUUCGUCGCCGCGUACACCACCGAAUGCCUGCAGUGGCAGAUCUACGAACAACACGUCACCAAGAUCCCAUGGCAGGACCUCUUCAUGCACGCCGUCGAAACGAAAACAAGCGUCGUCAGCCUGAUUCACGAGAACCGUCCCCUGCUGAGCACCGACCAGGUUUCACAGCGGGAUAUCGAACUCGGCUGUGCAUUUUUGCGCGAUCGCGGGCUGAAAGACUACGUUUCCGAACUUCAAGGCUGGAUCAGGGCAGGGAGGUUGGACUUUUUGUCGUUGACAAUUGAGAGGGACAUUCUGCAGGACUGUUUGGACAACAAGGUCAUCAACAAUGCUGCCCGGAGGGGAUGGAUUGACUUGGAGGCUGUCAGGAAUUACGUUUCUUCGCAAGCAGAAGUUCCCCCGAAACGACCUGGAAGUCCGUUCCUGGGGACGCUCAAGGGUAGACUGCCGCCGCGUGAGGAACAAGACAAAGAUGCGCCGCGUGAGGAACAAGACAAAGAUGCGCCGCGUCCGGAGCGAGUCUCGACUCUCGACACAGGAGUCGACGUCCGAAACUCAUCGGUAAACCAAGAUUGGCAGCGCCAGGAGCUCUCGAUUUUCCGCCCUAUCUCAGAGCUCCCAGGCCGAGGUCCCACUCCAAAAGAGAGUAUUGAACUACGACAUGCCAUACAGCGCCAGUUUCCGCAAGGCUUUCAACACAUCAGUGGCGCUCUUGCUACCACUCUGGUUGAGGAAAACCGGCCUAUGAGGCCUUUCAGAAAAGAGACAUCAUUCCGCACCCGACACUUCCCUACAGAAGGGCCGAAAUCUCAUGAUGGUGAUGAAAGGGAACUCGACCAGGAGAUCAAGGCUGCUGUGCCCGUGCAGGCGAAACCAGCUCGUCCAGCGUACCGAAAGCAGCCCACUCCAUCAGAGAAACGAGCGCUACUUCAACCAACUCGACCAACAAAGCUAACUCCAGUCGACGAAGAUCGGCCAGGCUCGGCGACGAACGAGGGCGGUAACGGCAAGCGACGUUCAGGAGCACUCACUGCUCAUCUCCCUCCGCCGACCUACGCUUCCCAAGACUCGCUUACCGACGCAGAAGGCUCCCUCUUCAAGCUGUCGGGGAGAUUAGAUCGACAGCGUCUGGCAUCCACAAUUGUAGGUGCUGUUUCGGCUGGAUACAACUCGAUUAAGUCGUCGGUACUUGCCCAGCCGAAUCCCCAGCACAAAGACAACGGACCAGCCAAGUCCACACAACGUUCCAAGCCCGCUGCACCGGACCAGUUUCGUAAUCUUCUCAGCAACAAGGUUUCUGGACACCCAAAACGGCAGCCCGCGAAUGGGACCGAAAAGAGUCAAGAGAGAAAGGUUCAUCCGAUCUGGGGACCAGAUGACGACAAUGAGCCUUGCGACUUUGCUCCCAAGGUGGCGGAAAGCGAUUCCGACUACCAACCCAAAGAGACGAAGAAGAAGACGCCCAGGAAAUCAUCCGGUGGACAGAGGAAGAAGGGAAACAAUCAAGACCCGCCAGCCAAAGCGGGUGCAUCAACUUGCCUCACACCAUCCGGUGGUUCUCAACGGUCAAAUGGAAGACAGAAGAAAUCGCCUCCAAGUCGGAUCAAAAUCGUUUCUGCCCCCAAGAGCCAACGAGGCUCUUCAGAUAACGGCCAACCGUCAAACACGGGAAAAGUGCCAUUCACCCCGACAACUCCAGUCAAGAACGAACCUCUCUUUGGGAUGUUUCGAAACACCCCGCUCGCCGGCUCCCUCGCUCGCGCCGAUCAAGCCUUUUACGCUUGGUCCGCCGAAGAUGCCACCUUUGCCGCCGUCUCCGUCAAGGCCCAUUUCGCAGCGCGGGCCGACCGCAUCGUUCAGUCGCCAAAGAAGACCGAAAUGAACUCGGCGGAUCUGGCCAAGCAAUUCGAGGUGUUUCAACAGCUGAAGAAAGAGUUUGCCGGAGUUGAAAACAACCAGAAGGGUUGUGUAGCGCAAGAUGCCAAACGCGCCAAGUUUGCGGGGUGCGCUGACAUGGCUCUAUAUGCGGAGCAAGCUGAAGAAGCUCUCUUUUCUUUGAAUGAAGUGGUGGCUAAAAGUACUGAAGGAGAGGCGGAAGCGGAUGGUCGGGCAACUCCCAAAAUACAGGGAAGGGAUAUGCCAAUGCCCGAUGCCCCGAAUGAUGUUUAG